CAAGGUCUUUUGAACCCAGAACCCACGAAAAUGUUCCUAAGAAAGGUAUAAGAUAAAAGAUAUGAUAAAUUCUUAAGGGUUAAAGUUUCUCUGAUCAUUUCCAUUUGAAGAAAAGAUGUUUAGAUAUUUUUCGCGAUCUUCAUUGCUCUGCUUGAAAUCCAGAUUUCUCUGUGUUUCCGCAAAUCAGAGCUCCUUCCUUUCUUCCCCGACGACUGCCGGCGUUCAAAGAAAAGUCUGUUCCAGUGCAGGCAACUUCCGUCUUGGUGUUUCCGAAGGUCUCAAGGAUAAACCCAUGAAUCCACUCAAUAGCAGAUAUAUGCCACUUUCAAAAAGUUCGUCUUCAGCCAAGGAACGUGUUGUAUCUAAAAAUGGCUCUCAACCUGUUAAGCUACUUCAUGGAGCUGAGGACGAAUUUGGAGGUGUCAUUGUAGACAUGAAGGAACCCUUGGAUUCUGAGGUCUUUGUUGCUACUCUUAGAGAUUCAAUAUCAAAAUGGAGGAAAGAGGGUAAGAAAGGUGUUUGGAUGAAAUUUCCCAUUGAACAUGUAAAUCUUGUGGAAGCUGCUGUCAAGGAGGGGUUCUGGUAUCACCAUGCUGAGGAAAAUUACUUGAUGCUUGUAUAUUGGAUUCCUGAAACUCCUAAUACUAUACCAGCAAAUGCUUCACACCGAGUUGGUGUCGGUGCUUGUGUGAUAAAUGAUAAAAAAGAGAUGCUGGUAGUACAGGAGAAUGGUGGCAACUUCCGGGCCACAGGUGUUUGGAAGUUCCCUACUGGAGUUGUUGAUGAGGGUGAAGAUAUUUGUAGGGCAGCAAUAAGGGAAGUUAAAGAAGAGACAGGAAUUGACACAGAAUUUGUUGAAGUACUGGCAUUUAGGCAAAGUCACCAGGCAUUUUUUGGGAAGUCAGAUUUUUUCUUUGUUUGCAUGUUGCGGCCCCUCUCUUUUGAAAUCCAGAAGCAAGAAGUAGAGAUCGAGGCAGCACAGUGGAUGCCAAUUGAGGAUUAUGCAACACAACCAUUUGCUCAGAAUCAUGAGCUAGGAAAGUUCUUGGCUGACAUUUGCAUUGCAAAGAUUGAUAAAGGGUAUGCUGGAUUUUCUCCGGUCGUUACAGGAUCAGCUUUUUCACAGAAGCCAUUUGAUUUGUACUUGAACUGCGGUGAUCUGAACCAGCCCCAGCCAUCCUUGUGACCAUUCCUAGAAAAGAGUAUUGUCCAAAAUUUUUUUAACGCAGGGGGAGAUCAAUACGCUGCUAGUGUGGGAUGGAAUCUCUCAUGCCAAACCAAUGGAAGCACGGGAGGGGAUGCCCCAUGGUUCAUGUACAAGGAAUGGCCCACAUUUGAGGGAGGAGAGAGUGUGAUAGGGUACAUGAUACCGACAGCGUGAAAAUCAUUUUCCCUGUUCUUUAAUAUCAAUUGUAUUCCAAUGUUAUUGAUGUAUCAAUUUCGUCUAUAACAUUCAUUUUAUUUAUUCUUUAUUUAUAACAUUCAUUUAAUAUUUUUUCUGUACUUGUUCGUUAUAUAUGAUUAAUGAAUGACCUAAUUCUAGUACAGCUACAA